AAGUUCAAGGAAUAAGUAUAUAGACAGAAUUGUAAUAUCAGUAAUUGAAAACAAAGGGAAUUAUUGCAAAAUUAAGAAAUAACUUGUGGAAAUAUAUAUAUAUAUAUAUUUGUAAACUUGUGGUACUGUACAGUGUUUUAAUCAUGGGUCAUUCAAAAAAAGAAAGGUCAUCUUCAGGGUCACCUGAGCGGGAUACAAAAACAAAGAGGCAUAAACAUAAAGAAAAACACAAGAGUAAAAAAUUCCAUGCAAAGAAAUCAAAAAGGUAUGAGAAAAGUUCCUCCAGAAGAAGGUUGGAUUCACAUAGUAGUUCCAGUUCAGAGUCAAGGUCAAGGCAUAAGGCUGAGUAUAAAUCAAAGUAUUCUUCUCAUUUGAAAACUGUGGAAUCUAACAAGACUGAAAAGAGAACUUACAGGAGUCGAGAAAGUUCAAGUGAUUCUUCAGGAUCAAAAUCUCCACCCAGACAGGAUGUGAGAAAAAGAUCAAGGUCUUUAUCUCAUCAUCUCAAGGAUGUACUAGUAAAUGAAACAAAAAAAAUUGUGAGUCAGUCUGUAGUACCUACGUCAGCCACAUUUCUUUCAAGAUUUGACGCUGAAAUAUAUUCACAGCCAUCUGUGUCAUCACAGAACACAAACUUAAAUGAUGAAAGUGAUACAGAUUCAGAAGAUGAGCUCAUGUUUGACUGGGAGAACCAUCGCUAUGAGCUUAAUCAAAUGUUCUUCAGAGAUGACGAUGUCAUUAAAAGGGGAACAGAGGAAUAUUAUGACUUCUGGAAAUUUCUUAAAAAGUAUCAUGGACUACAAAAGCAGAAGAAAAUUCGAGAAAUGUGUAAUAACAGACCCAGUGCUGGAAGCAGUGAAGGAAAUCCAGAAAGUUCAGUGUAUCAGUUACCUUUGCACUAUGACAAAAGAUACAACAUCAACUUUGCCCUUAGUUUUAAAGACACUGAUGACCUACGGAGGAGGUUACCACCACAAGAUUUAGAGGAUGGUAAGAGGCGUCUUUCCAGGAAAAAGCUUGUUGAAAUUAAAUUUAUUAUUGUAGUUUAUUUGGAUUUCAUGCAGAAGCAACGAUUUGAAAGAUUAAAGAAGUUACGGAGUUCACAAGCAAACCUUCCUAUUGCUGAAUACAAAGACGAGAUAAUUUCAACAGUUGGAGAACACAAUGUGGUCAUUAUUGCUGGUGACACUGGUUGUGGUAAAUCUACACAGGUGCCACAGUACCUACUGUCAGCUGGGUAUUCUAACAUAGCUUGUACACAACCACGACGCAUUGCCUGUAUAUCCUUAUCAAAGAGAGUAGCUUACGAAACGCUAAAUGAAUUUGGUUCUAAGGUUGGCUAUCAAAUUAGGUUUGAGAAAAACAAAACUGAACAUACAAGGAUUGUUUUCCUAACAGAAGGACUUCUUCUCAGACAGGUUUCUGCAGACACUUCCUUGGGCUUGUAUGAUGUAGUAAUCUUGGAUGAAAUCCAUGAACGCCAUCUUGAUACAGACUUUCUUCUUGGGGUCAUGAAGUGUCUCUUAAUGCAACGUGAAAAUGUUAAAAUUGUGUUGAUGAGUGCCACCAUCAACAUUGACCUCUUUCGUAGUUACUUCUUGGAUAAAGCUCCUGUAAUCCAAGUGCCGGGUAGAUUAUACCCAAUCAAGCUACAAUAUUUUCCUGUUCCAUCAAUUGAGCAGGCCAGUAAGAGAGAGAAGAUUAACCCUGCACCAUAUGUUCGAAUUCUUCAGCUGAUAGACAACAAAUAUCCUGAUAAUGAAAGGGGGGACUUGUUGAUUUUUCUGAGUGGUAUGAGUGAAAUAUCAACAAUUGUAGAAGCAGCCAAGGUUUAUGCACAGCAGACAAACAGGUGGAUUAUUUUGCCUCUACACAGUACACUUUCUGUGUCUGAACAAGAAAAAGUUUUUGAUGUCCCUCCAGAAGGCAUUCGAAAAUGUAUAGUGUCUACAAACAUUGCUGAAACAUCAAUCACCAUAGAUGGUGUUCGAUUUGUUGUUGACUCUGGUAAAGUGAAGGAGAUGAGCUAUGAUGUACAGUCUAAGAUGAGGAAAUUAAAAGAGUUUUGGAUAAGCCAAGCUUCUGCAGAACAAAGAAAAGGAAGAGCUGGUCGUACCGGCCCAGGAACUUGCUUUCGCCUUUACUCAGAACAAGAAUAUGCUUCCUUUUCCCAGUAUAGUACCCCAGAACUACAACGAGUGCCUCUAGAUUCUCUUGUUCUCCAGAUGAUCUCAAUGGGACUACCCAAUAUCAGACUCUUUCCAUUCAUUGAGCCUCCAGCACCAGAGAGCUUAGAUAAUGCCUUACAUGCUCUGAAGGCCCAGGCAGCAAUCACUGAGGUAGAGGGCUUGACUACAAUUGGAAAACUUCUCUCACAGCUACCCAUGGAUGUGAGUCUUGGAAAGAUGUUGAUAAUGGGCUCACUCUUCCAUCAGGUUGAACCAGUGUUGUCACUAUCAGCAGCUAUGAGUGUGCAGAGCCCCUUCACUAACAGAGCUCACAGAGACCCUGAGUGUGUGGCCUCCAUUAAAAGCCUUGAGUCUGAUCAUGGAGAUCCCCUCACUCUCCUGGCCUCUUACAGGGAAUGGUUGUGUGUCAAGCAAGAGGGGCAUGAAAAUUCUCGCAAGUGGUGUAGGAGACGUGGAUUAGAGGAGCAACGCUUCUAUGAGAUGACCAAACUGCGCCACCAGUUUGCUCAACUAUUACACGACUCAGGACUUCAAGAUAUAGCAGGAUGCUCUCGUGCACAUUUGACAAGUGCUGAGCGUGCUCAGAGAAGUGGUCAGUUACGUCAGCUUCGUGAACUGAAGAGAGAGCUACAUAAGGAUGGACCUCGAAAAACUAAGGUGCUAAAGGUUUCUCAAGGGGAGAGUAUCCCUAGUGAUGAAGAGGAGAGUCGAACUGAUAUUAAAGAUGUUGAUUUCAGGAUAAAAAAUGAUCAGAAACAGCUGCAAGAAAUAUUUAGAAGUUCCACUGUGCGAUCUUACAAAGAUAUGAUAAUGCUGAAGAUCAUUCUAUGUAGUGGGCUGUACCCUAAUGUGGCAAUAGGAGAUGAUCAUAACAAUUACAAAGCUGGCUCAGAGCAGCUCUUCCACACAUCGUCAAAGCCCUUUACAGUUCUUCACCCAAAUAGUGUGUUUGCAAGUCAUCCAGAAGUGCUACAAGUUGUGGACUCUGACAUAGUAGAGCUGCCAGGGUUUACAACCAGACAUCCUGCCAGCACCAAGCAUCAGCUCCUAGUUUAUGUAUCCUUGUUAGAGACAAAUAAACCCUACCUUGUGGACACUUUAAGGGUGCCAGCUGCUCAAGUGCUGCUUCUUUUUGCACAUAAUGUGGAUACUAAUGCUGAUUUAACUGUAAUAGCUUGUGAUAAUUUUAUUGAACUUAAGUUUCCAGAUGCUAUGCUAGCUCAGAACCUUGUGUUUCAAUCAGUGCAACUUCGUUUGAAAUGGAAACAUUUGCUAGACCUGAGAAUACAAGCCACUACACCGACCAUUGAUAAUCUAGACAGAAUAAUAACAGAGGCAAACAGAUUAGAGAAAGAUCUUGUAGUUGCGCUUGUUGAUUUCUUUUUAACAGAAGUGAUUUACUCAAAGCGUCGUCUUCUUGCUGCUGACAUCAAGGUUCUUCAUGCAGGUCCAGGACCAGGGGAUUGUAUCCUGAGUGGAAAUCCAUUCAGUGAGGAUGGGAAGCAAUUAUGUCAGCCCAAUGACAUAAAAGGUGGUGUUGACUUGACAGAAUUUCUGACCUAUAAUUGUCUGCUUGAUACUGAGUGUAUGGUCACAACUAUCACCACCUAUGAUACUGUGUGUCCAUAUUGUGACCAAGAGUUCCAAGUCACCACACUUGAACGCUUGGCUCACAUGGUACAGUGUUUAAAAGGUGCAGUUCAGUCUUCAGUAGAAGUGGAGGAAGAGGCUGAAGGUGCAAGUGAUGGAGAUCCUACCAAGAAGAAAUACCAAUGUAAUGUUUGUAACAAAACUCUGUGGUUGAAUAUCAAGGAUAUUUUUCGGCACAAGAAAUCACACAUGGAUUGAGUGUGAAGAGGAAUAUUAAUGUAAGUUUUGUAACUUUUAUAUAAUCGUAGUAUACUGUAUGCACGUGUAUAUGCAUUUCCUUGUAAUAAAUGAUUCUUAGCAGA